GUUGCCUUUUCAACUUUAAACAUCACACUCAAUAAAAUAAACCAAACCAAAUCAAUUAUCGCAUCUCACUAUAAAAUAAAAACUCUCACAAUGCGGAAAUCCGCUGCAGACAGAUUCAAGCACCUUUUCAAUCGUUCCCUUGUUUUUGUUCGACAUCAAAAUCAGCAACACAAUUCUUCUUCUCCUCUUCACUAUCGUUUGUUAUCUUCUGCUCAUUUUUCUUCAAUGGCUUCUGAUUCCCCUUUCCCUGUUACCGCUCAAAAUAUUAACCCUCAGGUUCUGCAAUGUCAGUAUGCUGUUCGAGGAGAGAUUGUUACACUUGCCCAGAAUUUGCAAAAAGAUUUGCAGGCCAAUCCAGGCUCUCAUUCGUUUGAUGAGAUAAUUUAUUGCAACAUUGGGAAUCCUCAGUCUCUUGGCCAGCAGCCAAUAACUUUUUUCCGAGAGGUUCUUGCAUUGUGUGACUAUCCAGCUCUUUUGGACAAAAGUGAAACACAGGGUUUGUUCAGUGCUGAUUCAAUAGAGCGAGCAUGGCAGAUUGUGGAACAGAUUCCUGGGAGAGCAACUGGUGCUUAUAGUCAUAGUCAGGGUAUUCAGGGUUUGCGUGAUACAAUAGCCGCUGGAAUUCAAGAACGUGAUGGUUUUCCUGCUAAUGCCAAUGAUAUUUUCUUGACCGAUGGUGCAAGCCCAGCAGUCCAUAUGAUGAUGCAAUUACUCAUAAGAUCAGAAAAUGAUGGUAUUUUGUGUCCCAUCCCUCAAUACCCUCUAUACUCCGCCUCAAUUACUCUCCAUGGUGGCCACCUGGUACCUUAUUACCUAGAUGAAGCAACUGGUUGGGGGCUGGAAGUAUCUGAAGUCAAGAAGCAGUUGGAAGAUGCCAAGUCCAAGGGCAUCAGUGUUAGGGCUUUAGUUGUUAUAAAUCCCGGCAAUCCAACAGGGCAGGUUCUUGCUGAGGAAAAUCAACGGGAUAUAGUAGAAUUUUGCAAGCAAGAAGGUUUGGUCCUUUUGGCUGAUGAGGUAUAUCAAGAAAAUGUUUAUGUUCCCGAGAAGAAAUUUCACUCUUUCAAGAAGGUAUCUCGAUCCAUGGGAUACGGUGAUGAUGAUAUCUCCUUAGUAUCUUUUCAGUCAGUUUCCAAAGGCUAUCACGGGGAGUGCGGGAAACGAGGAGGUUACAUGGAGGUGACUGGUUUCUCUCCAGAUGUGAGGGAACAGAUUUAUAAAGUGUCAUCAGUGAAUCUUUGUUCUAACAUCACUGGUCAAAUUCUUGCAAGUUUGGUCAUGAGUCCACCUAAGGUUGGAGAUGAGUCCUAUGAGUCAUUCAUGGCUGAGAAGGGUAGUAUUUUGUCUUCCCUUGCUACGCGCGCAAAGUCACUGGAAGAAGCUUUGAACAAAUUAGAGGGUGUAACCUGCAACAAAGCAGAAGGAGCAAUGUAUCUGUUUCCUCAGAUUCGCCUGCCCAAAAAGGCGAUCGAAGCUGCAGAGGCCGAAAACACAGCACCUGAUGCCUUCUAUUGCAAACGCUUACUUAAUGCCACAGGAGUUGUUGUCGUUCCCGGUUCUGGUUUUGGACAGGUUCCUGGCACAUGGCAUUUUAGGUGCACAAUUUUGCCUCAAGAAGAUAAGAUUCCAGCCAUUGUCACUCGCUUGACAGAGUUUCAUGAAAAGUUCAUGGAUGAGUUUCGUGAUUGAGUACUAAUUCUCAGUUCAAUUUUAUUCCCCUAUAGAUUUUAGGGUGCCUAAUUGAGAUAUACUAAACGUUGAUGGAUUUUUGUGCUUUGAGAAAUAGGCUCUCUUAAUUGUGUUUCUUGAUGAAUAAAUUUUGUUGUUAAUCCAUCAACUUAUAGUUGCAUUUUGAAAUAUGCAUGAUUUGAAAUAAAAAUAUAAUCAAAAUUCAGUGUAUAACUUUUUCCACUGUCAAUCGAUUAACAAAUCUUUAUUUGUA